UGCAGCUGAGACAGCCGGCGCGCCUGUGUUUGGUCAGAGCGAAGCGCUCCGAGGCGGGUAUUGUUUGUACUUGCCGCCCGCCGCAGCUCAAGUUCGCUCCUCUCUGCACUUUGACAUCGGCGUGUUCUGGGAAGAAAGGAGCAGGGUUUCGGGUGUAACAGCGACACAGUGUACUCUGGAUUGUUUUCGAACAUUUUCUUUCCACCAGCAGAAAAUCGCUCUCAGCGCCUCUCAUCGCGCACCGAGGUUUUACGCGCGUCCUGAUGUAGUGGCCUCUUCGAAGAAGAGACAGAGACGGCGAAGACUUGUUGCGCGUCUCUGGGGAGCGCACCAGUCCAGUUUUCCUCCAAGUCUGUCCGUACCCGCAUGUGAUUCUCUGAUUGGAGCGAUGUGAGCGGAGCGUGGAUGGACUGUGGAGAUCAGCUCCGACUAACAGCUUGAAGUCAACACGGAUUUGUGCUCAGCGACUGUGAGAGUCGGUUCAUAAUUAAGGAAAUUGGGGUGGUUAGUUUCCUCCAGGCUGACAGCGGCUGCUGAGCUGUCGGUGCUCCAGUGAAGACAGAACUCGUUUCGCCUUUAAAUGGCAUCCAGGCGCAGCAGAGGCAAACUUUAUUCGGGUCAGAGCCGACGAGGUGAUUAAAUUUUCCUCUCUCGCUUGUUUCAAAUCAAGUCCUCUUUAUCCUCGUCGACAUGUCUGAGCGUGAUGGAUGUGGAGAUGGGCUGUGCAGCGACGGACCGCCCGACUACAUUCCACCGAGAGCGCCCCGCGGUCGGCGCAGCGGUGUCAUCCUCCCCGGCGGCGGCGGCGGAGGACAAGACACUGAUACCGUCCUGCUGGAGUCGGUGAAGGCGGCACCUCGCCGGAGCAGUAUCAUUAAGGAUCCCUCAGUGCAGAAGGUGGGCGGAGGCAGGAAGAAGACGGUGUCAUUCAGCAGCAUGCCCUCUGAAAAGAAGGUUAGCAGCGCAGCCGACUGUUUGGCAUUCAUGCAGGGAGGGUGUGAACUGAAGAAGAUCCGACCCAAUUCCAGGGUUUACUGCCGUUUUUACACAUUGGAUCCAGACCUGAGCUGCUUACGCUGGGAGCCAUCCAAGAAAGAUGGGGACCGGGCUCGGCUUGACGUUUCCAGCAUUCGAGAGGUCCGUACUGGGAAGAGCACCGAGACCUUCCUCCACAACGGCCCUCUCUCUGAACAUCUGGCUGAAGAAGCAGCCUUCUCUAUCAUACAUGGCGAUGACUACCAGUCUCUAGACUUGGUUGCACUGUCAGCAGAUGUGGCCAACAUCUGGGUAACAGGUCUUCGCUACCUGUUGGCUCAUCCUUCAAUCAUAGGAGGGGCUGGGGGAGGUGGAGCAGGAGGAGGACCAGGUGAAGGGGGCGUGGCAGUCGAAGGAAGCCUGGGAAGCAAGAUGAGGAGUGAGUGGCUGGCAGCAGAGUUUUCCCUGGUGGAUGAAGAUGGUUACGGGAUUGUGUCAGAGGAUGUAGCAGUCGCCACCAUCUGUAAACUGUGCCUCGGUAUCAAGGAGGCCAAGGUACGUCUACGUUUCAAAGAGAUCCAGCGCAGCAAGGAAAAGCUGACCUCCCACGUGACCCGUGAGGAAUUCGAGGAGGCCUACUGCGAGCUUUGCACACGGCCAGAUGUCUACUUCCUAAUGGUGCAACUGUCCAAAGACCGUGAGUAUCUGGACCCUCAGGACCUCCGACUCUUCUUGGAGACAGAGCAGGGUUUGUCUCUGGCUACAACUGAGGGCUGCUGGGAGCUACUGAAGCGCUAUGAGCCAUCUGCCCAGGGCAAGGAGAGAGGGCUGCUUGGCCUGGAUGGAUUCACCCGCUACCUGCAGUCUCCAGAAUGCCAGCUGCUUGACCCAGAACAACUGGGGGUUUGCCAGGAUAUGAACAUGCCUCUCUCCCACUACUAUAUCAGCACCUCAUAUCGCUCCUACCUGUUGGAUGACCAGGUUCAUGGGAGAGCAGAUCUUGGAGGACUGAUCAAGGCUUUGCAGGCUGGCUGCCGAUGCCUGGAGUUAGGAGUCACUGAUGGUCCAGAGGGGGAGCCAUUGCUUGGGGUCGACUGUGGGCCAGAUAUCCCCCGACACCAUCAUCAUCAUCACCACCAUCACCACCACCAUGCACCAGUCACUAUCCGCUCUGCUCUGGAGGUGGUCAUUAAAUAUGGCUUCCUGACCUCUCAGUACCCUCUGUUGUUGUACCUGUGUCACCGUUGCUCUCCAGGCCAGCAGCGCACCAUGGCACAGCACUUGAAGAAAGUGUUUGGAUCACGUCUUUACACUCCAGAAGCUCUGCCGGUCAGCCUGGGAGGGCGAGCUACAACCUUACCCUCACCUGAACAACUCAAGGGACGCAUUGUUAUAGUGGGGAAGAAACUCCCUCCAGACCAUGAAGGCUCUGAUGGGGAAGUGUCUGAGGAAGAUGAAGAGAUAGGAGGAGGGGGACCUCUGGCGGGAAGGAGAAUGACCAUUCCUGGUGAGGAGGAACUGGGUGUGGUUUUGGUGGUGCCGCCACCCUCUCAACCCAGGAAGCUCCGUCUCCACAAAGAGCUUUCAGACCUGGUGGCCAUUGCUCGAACUGGCAGUCGCAGCUUCUAUGCCCAGAGAGCCAGUCACAAGCAGGCUCAGCAGCAGUCUCCCCCCAGCAGCCCAUCCUCUCCCAGCACACCAAUGGCUCCCGAGCUGCCUUACUGGACACUGUGCUCUCUAGGUGAAGGAGAAGCUGGGCGGCUGACCAGUGAAAGUCCAGAGGACCUUGUUAUGUUUACCAAACGCACCCUAACCAGGGUGCGACCCAGCUCAGUGCGUCUGGACUCCAGCAACCCCAACCCACAAGGGUACUGGAAAGGAGGAGUCCAGCUUGUGGCCUUGAAUCAGCAGACCCCUAGCGCAAUGUUGGAUCUUCACCGAGGUCGCUUCACACAGAACGGAGGCUGUGGUUAUGUUCUCCGACCUGCCGUAAUGCGGGAUGAAGUGUCGUAUUUCAGUGCCCACACGCAGGGCUGUGUGCCAGGUGUCCCACCUCAAACCCUUCGCAUUAAGGUUAUCAGUGCCCAUAACCUACCCAAGCCUCAGGGAUCAGGGGCUAAGGGGGAAGUUAUUGACCCAUAUGUGGUUCUGGAGCUGCACGGAGUACCGGCUGACUGUGCUGAGCAGCGGACACGCACUGCUGCUCAGAACCAGGAUGACCCACUGUUUGAUGAAACGUUCGAGUUCCAAGUAAACAUGCCCGAGCUGGCCUUGCUGCGUUUUGUGGUAUUGGAUGACGACUACAUCGGAGAUGAUUUCAUUGGCCAGUACAGCGUGGCCUUCGAGUGCCUUCAGCCUGGCUACCGUAAUGUGCCCCUGCUGGGCCUGGCAGGAGACCCCUUACCCCACACCAGCCUGUUUGUCCACGUGGCAAUUACCAACCGGCGAGGAGGCGGGAAGGCCCAGCGGCGAGGUCUUUCGGUUCGGAGGGUGGGGAGACGGGGGAGAGAGUACGUCACAUUGAGGCACACUGGCAUCAAGGUGGUGGAUGAGACUUUUAAAUCAGCCAGUGCCCCCCUAAAAGAGGCGACGGACCUGCGGGAGGAUGCUCAGAGCACCACAGCCAGUUUCAAAGAGCAGUGUGGGCUCCCCACUGUGGCCAAACUGAAGCAGUGCAUCCAGACCCUGGCCACGAGGCUGCAGAGUCCUGAGGGCACUAUGGGGGCCACCAUGGUUCUGAAGGAUGGCUAUCCAUGUCUGGAGCCGCUGGCCAGCCUCUCAGAACCAACUCGUAAACUGCUCGCUGCUUAUGAAACGAUGAUUGCUGCCCAGAAACAGCUGAUUGAGAAUGCAGAUGGAGUACAGGAGAGGAUCGCGCAGGUGCAGAGGGAAGGAAUGGACUUCCAUGAGGAUCUCUCUCGACUUGGAGAGAAGGAAGGACUGAAGGGUCGGAAGCUUAACAAAGCUGUGGAGAGUUUCACCUGGAACAUUACUGUACUCAAGGGCCAGAGCGAUCUGUUACGAGGGGCGAAGAUGGAUUCCCUGGAUGCUCUGAGACAGCUGGCACUGGCCUGUGAAGCCUGUGGACUCACCUCCUCCUCCUCUUCCUCCAAUUCCUCAUCCUCCAAUUUCUCCACAGCCGAGCUGCACUACUCCUCCCACCCACUGUCCGGCCGCCGAAGCAGCACACACGGCAACGGACGCAUCUGACACCCACCUGCCCACCCCCCACACCCCGGGUCCAACACACUGCCAAAGAUGAAAAGGGAGUGGAAAGAGUAAUUACAGGGGAUAGCAGAGAUGAAGAGACAGAAAAAAUGAAAAACCUGGGUGUGAAAAGCAAAAGAUGAGACUGUGUAUUCCUUUAUACAGCGCAGUAAGUAACUAGACUAAAGCCUUAUGGUGAGUUCUGAAGUUCCAGCCUACAGAGAUGCUCAUGAAUGUCUACAGUGGAAGACAAGACACUCCACAUGGGAACUUUUUUGGCUCCUGCUUAAUUUUCUGAGAGUGUAAUUCAGCAUUUAAAAUCAGCAGUUGUUUCCUCACUAGAGAGGAAAUCAAAGACACCUCAUUAGUAGUUUGUGACAGUAGGGCCACUAAUGAUUACGGCCACGUUACUGGUGUUUCAUUUGAGAGGUGAAGUUGUGGAACAGAGUGAAUGUAGAGCUGACUGUAGAGCCGCUACAUUGGCUUAUCCCUCGGGAAGGCAGCGAGAUUGCGAAUGGUGGAAAGGUGCAAUAACAGGUGGAGAAACCCUCACAGGUGGAGAGUCUAGACUUUUUAUGACAGUCACAAAAAUUGAUGGUACUUUUGUUUUUAGAUGUAGCUGCAGAAAAGAUUGCAGUUGCUUAUUAUUGAAAACUAGAGGUUUAAUCCUGUUAGGAUGACCGCAGAUCAAGUAGAGUAUAUACUAACAUGAUGGACGGGUACUGUUGUGAUCAGUAACAGUUUUCCUUCAUCUGAAUGGUUGAAGUUUCCCUUUUCUGGCUUGUUCUCCAUCCUAAAAAAAGCAUAGCCGUGCCAGCGAAAUUUCUUCAAAGCUUUUGAACAAAAUGAGUUUCAGAUGUAGAAAAAGGACCUUAUCUCAUAUAUGAGGAGUUAUUAAUGAGGUUUGGGAGUGUGGAAAGGUUGCAGGUCAAAUCCAUCCAAACAUUUGUGUGAUUUAUCUAUCACUUCUUUCCAGACUCCAAUCUCUUAAGCUCUGUAGGCCUUAUCAGGCCUGUUUGAGGAUUAAUGCACUUACUAGAAGCCCUCGUAACUCUGAGCACACUCACACAUUUCCCCUUCUGACUUCUGUAUUUGUGCAAAGAAGACACCAGACGCUCACACACAGGUUCUUGUUAUCUCCACACCACGGCCUGUGGGACUGUCAGAUCUGUCUGGAGAGGGCUUGGUGCGGUAAUUGGAGAGGAUGUGUGUGUGUGUGUUGAUACUGUAGUACUACAUGUCUGCUGUAGUCGUGGGUGGAUCUUGUUACCACCUCACUAUACUGACAUGUGGUGUGAUGAAAGCUCAGAGUCCAUGCAGGAAGAACGGGUUCCUGCAGCUUUCAUGGAGUCUACUGUAUUGAUGUAGCAAUAAUAGUUUUAAAUUACAAUAAUAAACAGAGACUGUUUAACUUAACAAUAGAAUUAACUCCACAACUCAGUAGUAAAAGGAAUCAACUAAACAAAUAUGAUGUGUGGCAGGGGCUGCUCAUAGUUGCCUCAGUGAUGGUAUUCUUCUGUCUUUGAGUAUUAGUGUGUGCUGGUACUUGUUCUUAAACUCUGCUUUUGUACUUUCUUCUGGUAAUGCUGUGUGUUAACCAAACUCCACAGAGGUGAGGCCAAGCAGCACACGGGACCAAACUAACAUGAUUCCAGAUACCCUUAAAUCAAGCUUUUUCUAAGGGUCACAUGUCUUAAAGUGGACCUGGUAAUGCUCAUUUCCAGCUCCAAGUUUUUAAUUCUAGAACUCUGCUAGAGUUGCUUUACAUCAAUUACACUUCAAAAUAAUCCUUAUUUGUCUUUUAAUGGACCUUGCUGCAGCCUUUCAAUUCAUUCUGUCUGAAACAAGUCGUUUCACUUUCUUCUGAUCAGCUGGCCGUUGCAGAUUUGAGCAGCAGGUGGGCGGAGCUUCUGUGCCUCAGUUGAUCAUAUUAGAGAUAUCCUGUCUGAUAUUCUGUCAUACAGAACCAUGCAAAGAGGAAAAAAAAAA